GAAGCAAAUUAAAUUACAUUUAAAUUACAUCGUGAAUUAUGAAAACUUGAAACGAUACCGUUUCAAGUAUUCCAAUUUCGUUUGGGGAGGGGUUUUAGUGUACCGAAAGUGGCACGUUUAUUAACGAAACGAAUUUGAGUCAUAAUCUCCCCACUCCAGAGAGACCGAUACUAUAUUCUACGAAUAAUGGAGAUGUGUUCGAGUUAAUACGCAGGCGCAUUAUAAGAAUGCGAGAUUAUAAAUAAAGCACUAAACGACUAUCGUGUGAAGUUGUCACGGUGCACUCGUCGCAUGAUGGCGCAACAUGUUGACUGUUCAGGCAAACCGGCAGCUCUUUUAUUAUUUGUUUUUACGAUAUUCAACUUAGUAUACGCUAAUGCAUUUACAGGAGUGAACUUGCUUGAUAGUCCGAGUGUAGAAUCAGUGAAUGUCUUGAGCAGAGAACAAUUUGGUUUACUACAUCAUCUGCAUGUUAGUUCAAGUUUCCUGGUUGAAGUUUUUGGCACCGGCCUCGAGCGCAAUGUUUCUUUGCGCUGGUCUCCUACAUCCGACAAUUGCGAUCCGAAUAACAAAUUGAACGCGAUCUGGAUCGCACCGAAUGGCAAUCGCGCGAUAUAUCAGUUCGUCCAAGUUCCCAAUUUUAAGGUUACUACGAUCUAUUUCUGUCGAAGAGUCGUUACCAGGUUCGACGAAACAUGGACCAAUCUUGGAAGCAGCUUUACUAUCAAUCCACCGUUGCAAUCGCAAAAUUAUCUUCGUACACGCCGUGCCAAUUCAUUACCCACUGUCAACAAUUUAGUAGACGAACAAGUCCAUAAAGGAGCAUUUAUCGAAGGUUUGAGAAUAGAAAUAGCAGACAAGGAUCCUAGUUAUAGUGCAGAUGGAAUUCCUGAGUUGCUGGCUGGAAGCAAGGCAGUUAUAAGAUUAUUUGGCUUUGGUAUCACAGAAGAUACUUUAAUCACUUUCACAGAUGAACGAGGAAAAAGGGGUCAAAUUUGUGAGAAAAUUAAAACAGAUGAAUUUCUAGUAAAGAAUGUGAGGAACCAUACUGCAACUAUUGAUGUGGUAUUACCACUUGGUUCACCAUUUUAUGUGUGUGUAAAACAACCAAUACAUGGGAAGGAAGGCUCUGAACUUUUACUUUUUAAACAUCAAGGUACUGAAACAUGGAUUACUAUUUAUACAUACGAGAAAUUCUUGCCCCUUUGGCUUGGUAUUGUAAUUAUUCUCAUGUGCCUCAGUUUUUCUGCUCUGUUUUCUGGUCUAAACCUAGGGUUAAUGGCAAUGGAUAGAACUGAAUUAAAAAUACUGUGUAAUACUGGAACAGAAAAGGAAAAACAAUAUGCAAGGACAAUACAACCAGUGAGGAAUCAUGGGAAUUAUUUGUUAUGUUCAAUUUUGUUCUCAAAUGUCUUGGUGAAUUCGAUCUUUACUAUAUUGCUAGAUGACUUGACUUCUGGAUUAGUUGCUGUUAUCUGCUCCACCUUGGCUAUUGUAAUUUUUGGUGAAAUUUCACCACAGGCUAUUUGCAGUAGACAUGGGUUGUGUAUUGGCGCGAAAACAAUUUAUGUAACAAAAUUGACCAUGCUAUUGACAUUUCCAUUGAGCUAUCCUAUUAGCAAACUUUUAGACGUUCUACUUGGUGAAGAAAUUGGCAAUGUAUAUAAUCGCGAACGUUUGAAGGAGCUUGUAAGGGUGACAACAGGGUAUAACGAUUUAGAAAAGGAUGAAGUGAACAUUAUUGCUGGAGCAUUGGAAUUACGAAAGAAAACUGUUGCAGAUAUUAUGACAAAAAUUGAAGAUGUGUACAUGUUGGAUUACAGUGCUAUUUUAGAUUUUGAAACAGUAUCGGAAAUCAUGAAAUCCGGUUUCUCACGAAUACCAGUAUACGAGGGGACAAGGACGAACAUAGUAACAAUGCUUUAUAUUAAAGAUCUUGCGUUUGUUGAUCCAGAUGAUAACAUGCCGCUUAAAACUUUGUGUCAAUUCUAUAAAAAUCAAUGCAACUUUAUUUUUGAGGAUGUUACAUUAGAUAUAAUGUUUAAACAAUUUAAAGAAGGCCAUAAAGGUCACAUGGCAUUUGUUCAGAGGGUAAAUAACGAAGGUGAAGGGGAUCCAUUUUACGAAGUAAUAGGAUUGGUUACAUUGGAGGAUGUUAUAGAAGAAUUGAUUCAAGCUGAAAUUAUGGACGAAACUGAUGUCUUUACGGACAACAAAACUAAACGUAGGAGACAAGCUAAGCAUAAAAUACAAGACUUCACUGCAUUCGCGGAGAAGAAAGAAAACCAACGAAUUCAUAUAUCACCGCAGUUGACAUUGGCCAUGUUUCAGUAUUUGUCUACAACUGUAGAUGCAUUUAAGUCCGAUACAAUAUCGGAAACUAUUUUACGUCGUUUGCUUAAACAAGAUAUUAUUUAUCAUAUCAAAGUCAAGUCGCGUGAAAAGGCAAGGAAUGACCCGGUAGCAGUGAUUUAUCAACAAGGAAAGGCAGUCGACUAUUUUGUUUUGAUCUUGGAAGGUCGAGUUGAAGUUACAGUCGGUAAAGAGAAUAUGAUGUUUGAAAGUGGCCCGUUUACAUAUUUUGGUUCUCAAGCGCUCACCGUUAAUAUCGGAGUUGCGGAAUCUCCCAUCAAUACAAAUCCCCAGGCAGUAGGGAGCAUACAGUCGAUCAACCUCGAUUCUAUGUUGCGAUGCACGUUUGUUCCCGAUUAUACGGUGCGAGCGGUAACCGAAGUGUUUUACGUUAAAAUUAAAAGGUCUCUAUAUUUGGCUGCGAAACGAGCUACGCUCCUGGAGAAAAGCCAAAAAGAUCCGUUACCCGGUCACGAGCAGUUUGACGACGAAGUGGAAAAGUUGUUGCACUCUUUGGACGAGGAUGAUCGCAGCGUACCAGAAUCUCCGGUGUUACCAAUCGAUAAAGAAAAGGACAACGUACAAUCUCCCAUUCAUAGUGCAACAGCUCCAACUUCGCCUGCUCCAGUCAGUGCUAGCCCAGUUACGCAUUCGAAGUUCAUUUCAUCGUAUAGUGAUCACAAUGGCAAACUAAAAAAUUCGCCAAUAAAGACACCUUCGGUAACAAGCCCUACCGGAGAACACAAGUUAGAUUUGGAUACGGAAAUACUUGCCUGUCAAGAAGCGAAUAGAGUGAUGUCAGCAAAGAAAUUAAUCGAAGACGAAGAGAGAACGAAUCUCCUGCCUAAGCAAGAGGAUUCUUAACGUUCGGAGAAUAGUCGAUGAUGACCAUCCACGUCGACGCUGUUCAACUUGCAGGUAUCAAACAACGAAGAGCAGGAAAAACCUCUAUGACAUACAAUGCUAUAAUGGCAUUAUGUACUUAACGAAUUACUUAAAUAUUUAUCGCAGAACAAAUCGAUACCGAUCAUGUGAGUUUUAAGUUCUAAAUAGAUGGCUCAGAGACUGUCCGCGAUAUCCUAGUUCUAUGGAGUUAGUACGCUCAGGGAAGGUUGCCAAAUUUACAGACGUUCUCUUAUGGAUUCAAUUCUUCUCAUAGUCUACGUAAGCGACAUAAUACGUAACCAAUACCCGAAUCAUAUUUUCACUCGACAAAUGUCUUAUUUCUGCUUGAGCGCUGCUUUAUGAAGCAUAAUUGUUUUUCUUAUAGGGAGCGAAAAGCUCGUCGAAAGUUGUACAUUUUCACUGUCAUAGGAAAGCUCAUCUUACAUUAUUGACCGUAUAAUGCACAUAUGUUUUCAGCAGUUUCUAUUCAGCCUUUGUAAAUAUCAUUUUACCAUGCAAUUUAUUUGAAAAAACUAUCUCUCUUAAAUACGUAUUUCAUCCCUAACAAUGAAAUACACGUCUAUAUGGCAAUUGUAUAUGAACAUUUUUCGUGUUAUUAUGUUCUUUAAAGAACGAAACAGAUUUCAAAAGGAUUCGAAGCAACGAAAGGCUUGCGAAUAUCGUUGAGGUUAUGUAAAUUUUGUUCUCGUCGUAGGAACAAGGAAUGUAUUCGACCAAAAGCACGUUGGAUAUGUAGUAGAAGGGACUAAAAGUUGAGAGAAACGUUUCUAAAAAGAGUAUUCAAGCACAUUAUUUAAUCCAUUUUAUAAGUACACAAAGGAGAGGGUAAGGUGGCUGUAAAAUAAUUGUUUUUGUCCAGUAAUCUCGUUUUCCUUGUAUCGUACUCCCGAUACGAAUGUGAAUAGUGUGAAUAGAAAUAAGGAAUAAAUCCCUCACUUUUGUAAUCACUUGUAAGGAGAUCCUCGGCAUAUAAGUACGAUAGUAGUUCGUUAUAUUUUUAUUCAGUGCCUUAACGAAUUGUAAAACUAUGUUUAAUCGUCUGCAAUGAAAUGCACUUUAAUAGAAAAUUAAUAUAAUUUCGAUAAUAAAUUCAAAAUGUACGUUCAUUUUUAUUCAUUUACGUUAGUACGAUGUCGCUAAUUUAAACAUUUUUUUUUUAUUUAAUUUUUUUUUCAAAAUAAAAGAGAUAUUCAUUUGUCAUACGCUUUCAUACGAUACAUGAUAUUUAUUAUACAUAUACGUUGAUGAAAUACUCGUGCACAGCGUAACGUAAGAAUACAGUCGUGUAUUCUUUAAAUGAAAAGAGUAUGCUUUCAUUUUUCUUACUUACCGUGUAAAACAAAAAUUAAUUUACCUAUACAAAAUAACGGUCAACAUUUGUACAUAUCCUAAGUUUGAAAUAGUUAAAGUAAGUGCGAAAAGAGAUCUCCCUGAAUUUCGAAUUAUCCCUAAUAAAGAGAUAAUAAUUAUCUGAUAAGCUGUUAAAUCUGCUAAAUAACGAAAUAAGACCAAAAAAAAAAGAAAGGACGUGUCGUCGGAUUUUUUACGAAAAUAUUAAUUGACUAGCGUACUUAACGUAAGAAAUAUAGAACAAGUUCAACAUAAAGGAUCAUUAGAAUAGCGGAGAGAUCUUAGAGUUUCUCAUUUCAAUCAUCGCGACCUAUCGUUAUUUUCACAUAAAAUUUAAUAGUUAGACUGUUACUGCCAUAUUUUGUAUACUCACUAAUUGUUGUAUCAAUGUUUGUUUUAAACAAUUUUCAGAGAACAAAUUGAACAUUCGAAACUGAAUACUAUCGCUAUACGAGUAUCAGUUAUUCGAAGAUCUUCGAACGAGAACUCAAUUUUAAAAGUGUUGAAUUCUACGUAUGCAUGCUUAUAUCUUGCAAACAAAAUAUAUCUAUUUUAGAUUAGCGUAAAGUGUACAAAAUCGUUCAGAUUUUAUUUUUUAUAUACAUAUAUAUCUAUAUUUAUUGUUUGAACGAUUUUAUGUGAACAUAUAUGUUUGCAUGUGUCUUAUAGCUUUGUGGAAUGUUUUCAUAAAUAUGAAAUAAUGUGCGAUAUAGCUUUAAAAUAUAUUCGUUUUAACGUAUUCCGUUCACGGUAUUCUAUAUAUUGCAGAAAGUGAACGAUUAAUGUCAACAUAUUUAAGUGACAUGUAAUUUUAAACUGCAAUACGUGCACACACAAUACAAUAGGUACAUAUCGUCUAUUCCGUAGCAUUUAUUAUUUUUACGCAAUUAACUGUAUUUUUAUUGUUAAUUAUCUUUUUUUGUUGUUAAUUUACAAUGAGAAUUACACACAACAUUUUUUGUAGUUCACUUAGUUAUUAAAUAUUAGUUUAAAGACCAUUUAUUACACUUGUUGAGAUUCGUUAAUGCAUACUUACAAUUUUUCAUAGGAACUAUAGAUGUUAUCAACGCUAACGAUAUGCUUAUAUUCAUGAAAAUCUUAAAUCAACUUUAUAAUCAAUGUUUCAACUUAUAGAAGAAAUUCUAAUGAAAACAAUCAACGGAAAAAUGAGAAAUUCACGUUGUGUUGCAUUUGCAAUGUGAUAUUUUGUUUGGUAUGAAAGUAGUGCUAAAUUUUGUUUACACUGAUACAAGUUAAACUUCAUCGAAACUAUGAUCUUAGAAAUUCCAUGAUUCUUCUUGAUAUGUCGCAAUUUUUCGAAUAAAGGCAUGCGUACUAAAAAAUCAACACGCUCGGUACAGGUGUAUGUCAGCGAAAUUACUGCACAUACUUUCAAUGAAAUAACACAUUAAGUCUGUACUACCGUUACCGUAGAGUCGAGGUGUGUCGAUAAAAAAAAAAAAAUGUACAUUCGAAAAAAAAAAUAGAGACAAGUACAUAUAUAUCAACGCAUUACUGUAUACAUAAAAUAAAAGUAUAAUUUCGUUUUCAAA